GCGUGUGUAUGUGUAUGUCUGUGUGAGUCUGUGUAUGAAUGUAUUGAAAAGUCAGCGCCUGAGCAGUUGAGUUUGACAUUCUAGCAGCGCCUAUGACACAUUCGCUUCAAAAUUCAAUUUUUGUUUUUCGCGUAGAUUCAUUACAGUUUUGCAACAUACACAUAAUAUACGCUCCUCAUCAAGUGUUCCCACCAAUAAUUACGCAGAUAAGUAAUAUUCCGAUAGAGUAUUUGAAACGUGCAGUGUACCACUUGACACAACAAAAUCAAAGAGGAAUCAAUUGUCGCAGAUCGUGUUAUUUGGUUUCAUCUUCAUUGUAACAAAAUUGUCGAUUGUAGCAUUAUUUAUGGUGGAAUAUUAUGCGAGUUUUCAUUUAAAUUGUACGAUUGGUUGCGGCUCUAUUUAAAGAACCAAAUGUUUGGAUCAUGGAACAGUAUCAUAUUGAAGUGUUAGUAUCGGGCGAUAUCGCCAAAUCAAAGGAGGUUUUACAACGGUUUGUGGCACAGCAUUCGGAUACAUUUGAUUUCACUGCAAUGUAUGGCCAAUGGACCACCAUUUGGAAUGGAAUAUUCAAAUUUUUACGAAUGCCAAAUGAAAGACGCGCGGAAGCGUUGCAUAUUUAUCCAGAUUGUUUGGCCACCAUCCGAAUUAUGUCACGUGAUAAAACGCAUUUGAAUCAAACAAUAACCGUCGACCAAUUCAACACACUGCUUAAUAUUGCCAACAUUGGCAGCCACAAUGAAAACAUUACCGAUUCGGCCAUCGUCGUCGAGGCACUCAAAUGCUUAUGCAAUUUGGUGUACCAAAGCACCAACUGCCAAAUGAUGUGCUUGAAAAAUGCGGCCAUCGAUGGCAUCGUACGUCGAUUGAGAACCUACAAAGAUGCCAAUGUCCCAUAUGACUUACAGUAUUUCGAUAUGAAAUUGUUAUUCUUGAUAACGGCUCUGAACCCCGAUGUCCGAACCAAAGUUCGUGAUGAUUAUCAUGGCCUGACUUAUCUGGUGGAAAUUCUCGAUUUAAUCAUUAAAGAACGAUCCGACCCACAAAAUGGACACCACGAACUCAACGACAGUCAAGUAAAUUUAUUGAUUGAAAUUAUGAAGGUGCUAUUCAAUGUCACGGUUCGCAAUGAAACAUCGGUUGCCACCGAAGAAGAGGAGGAAAUUCAAUUCCGUCGACUGGCUGUUGUGUUACAUGAUUUGUUGCUGUGUCGAGCGGUGUCGAAGGAAAAACAACUCGAAUUGUGCUCGAACACAAUUAAUUUGCUUACAAAUGUGCCAACCGCUUGCUAUUCCGAGCUUGUCAUUCCGAUGCAUUUGGACAGCGAUUCAUCGACAUCAUUCGCAUCGGCUGCCAAUCUGAAUAACAUCCAUUUAUUCGAUGGACACGAUGUCACUGCAAUCGAAAUACUGUUGGAAUUUCUUAAAUGCCGACUGGAAAAUGUUCAAAAAUUAUCCGUUCAACAAGAGCUUCUGUCACCCGUGCUAACAGCUUUGGUGAAAUGUGCACGCUGUAAUUCAUUGCAACGGCGAUAUCUUCGGCAACAAGUAUUACCGCCGUUACGUGACGUUAAAACACGUCCCGAAGUUGGUGAUCAGCUGCGGAAUCGCUUGGUCAAAUUGUUGACGUCACCAGCGACACAAGUGCGAGACCUUGUCGCCGAUUUUUUGUUUGUGCUCUGCAAAGAGAACGUUGGUCGAAUGAUUAAGUACACUGGAUAUGGGAAUGCAGCUGGUUUGUUUGCCAAUCGAGGCUUAUUACCGGUGCGCAGUGCAAACAGUUAUUCGAGUGAAUAUUCGUCAAAUAGUGAAGACAGUGACACCGAAGAGUAUAGGCAAUUGCAGCACGGUAUCAAUCCCGUGGUUGGAUGCUAUGAGCCGCCACGUCCAAAUCCACUCGACGGUAUGUCAGAUGAGCAAAAAGAGUAUGAAGCCAUGAAACUAGUCAAUCUAAUGGACCAAUUGAAUCGGCAAGGGCUUGUGCAACCAUGUAAAAUUGGUGAAGACGGACGACCGCAGCCCGUCGGACAUAUCCUGGAGCUACAAGAUAACAUACCACAACAGCAAAUGGACCAAUCACAAAAAUAAAGCAUUUACUAUCUUCUCUAUUCCAAAAUGCAUCAGUCAACGAGAGCGUGAGUUUACCUUGUCACACUUCUAAUUCGACGCGUCCAGUGUGUAUAUCAUCAGAAAAUUGACAAGAACAGUCAGGCAGAAGUAAUUGAAUAAACUCAUUCCAAUUUCUGAUUACACAAAUAUGUGCAGGCAAUGGAGCAAACACACCAAUCGACCGACCGAACGAAACAAAAACGAUAUGAUCAGAGAGGGAGAGAGAAAGAGAAAGAGAAAGAGAAAGAGAAAGAGAAAGAGAGAGGUCGAGAAGGACAACAGAGCAGAAAAAUGAUUUAAAUGAAAAUGGAAACAUGAAGUGAAAGAGAGAUGGAGAGGUGGAGAAAGUUGAAAUGAAAAUCCAAUUAAAAGUGUGUUUGUGUAAAUGUCGUCGUUUGCACAUACGGCAUCGAUGUGAUUUAUGCGGAUUCAUUAUUCAAACAAAAGACCUUUAGCUGAAUAACAUUUUCAACAACAAACACCGAACCGAUGAAGAAAAAAACGGUAGAAAAAGAACCAACUACAUAAUUCGAUGCUUUCAUCACUCACACGCUCCGCAAAAGCAUCAACAUUGAACAAUAUUCACCGAAAACAAAUCAAUGACAAUUCAAACAGCAGCUUAAAACCAACCAUUUUUAUACUUAGACUUGUCGUCGAUAAAAUAUUCAUGUGAGAAGGAAAGGCGUGUGUUAACUCUGUACUUUUGCUGCUGUUGUUGGCUUUGAUGCACCUACAGAGUUUAUACCUCUCUUUCUCUCUCUCUCUCUCUCUAUCUCUGUCACAACCAAAGAAAUCCACUUUUGUUUGAUUAAUGUACAAUUUGAAGCGAAAUGCAACCACUUUUCAUAUACUUAUACACACACAUACAUUCGAAUGUCCAUACAUUGGCAACUCGCCGCAUUCGUACUUCCAUUUAACUUAAUCAGAUCCAAUUCAAUGGAACGGAGAGUGUGAGGAUGUUACAUUUCUGAAUAAUUACCAACAUUUGCUUAGUAACAAUUAAUUUGCUCGAUAUAAAACAGUAUUCUGCUCGAUAUAAAACAGUAAGGCUCUACGCGCGACUGCAGUCUCACCGCUACAAGUUUAUCAGACGUGCAUUUGUUGCCCAUAGAAAUUACAAUGGAAUAAUGGACUGGAUUUUGUAGAAACAAAGAAUAUUGAUUUUUUUUAUGCUGGUCCACCCACAUCAAAUAUCGCAAUCAUAGAUAACAAAACAUUUAAUAGAUAACAAAAUAUAAAAAUAACCAACAUUGAUUUAAACAACAUGAAAAUGGCCAAAGCAAUCCGCAUUUUCAUAAACACUAACAACAUAUUCUUCGAAUGCACUCUUCUUCCAACCGGUUUUAACCGAAAAGACUCGUUCGUUUUUUUUUAAAGACCAUUGCAAAUUUUGUCAUAAAAAUUAAAGGGCUAGCAUAUCCGCCAGGUAUCGUUUCAGUCGGUUGAUAUUGAACCAAGAACACAAGUUCUCAGCGCUUUCAGCGCUUCAAACAAAACCGUUAUGAAUCUGACUUUUUUCAAAACAAAAUAAUCCAAAAAUAUUUUAUAAUAAAAAAAAUGUAGAAAGAAGUAGUAAAUUCAAUUUUUCAACACACAGUUUAUAAAAAAUAUUUUAUUUGCACCAAUAAAACUUAGGAAAACUACAAUUAUUUCACUGCAAACGAUUCCCACUUGAAAUUUGAAACAACAACACACUUGUCACUUGUCAAUAUGGCGAAUGUUGUAACGGAUUUUCGUUAGAUGUCGCUUUUAGUUUCGAAGUUUCAAACUUCAAAUGGGAAUCGUUUGCAGUAGAAUAAUUGUUGUUUUUCUAAGUUUUAUUGAUGCAAAUAUUUUUUUUUUUAUAAACUGUGUGUUGAGAAAUUAAAUUUACAAUUUUAUUUUACCUUUUUUUUAUUCGAAGAUGUUUUUUUUUUAUUGAAAAAAAGUCAGAUUCAUAACGGAUUCGUUUGCGGCGAUUGUAGCAAUUCAAGCGGCAUAUGAACACUACUAAAGCGACCUUUUAAAUUUUAUGACAAAUUUCAUGGUUCAUAUUGCAAACGUAUUUGCCAAUUAGACUAAUUGAUAGACUAUUAGUAAAUUAACAAAAAAAAAAAAUAUUAUACGCAAUUUGUAAUAUGUUGCUGAAUAUAAUGCAAUUUUCCUCGAAUCUCUCAAUGAAAUCAAUGCAUUUAUAUUUGAAACAAAAGAUACAUUAUAUAGACAAUUGGCAUUUAAGUCAGAUUGUUGGACUUAAAUGAUAUAUUCAAUCAUAUGAAAUAGAAGUAAAUUCCCGACAGAAACUAUUUUAGAACACGUUUGAGAAACACAAAAAAAAAGAGAAAAAAAAAUAUUACCGACGGAUCACCAGCAUUUGUUAACAUCAAUAGAAUCAAAACGAACAUUAGUGUUCAGUCAAAGCAUAUCCAACGGUGUUUUUGAUGCAAAAAAUCCAAAAAUAAAAUAUUAUGCCAUUUUAUUAACGACUUAAUCCGUCGACCAACUUUAUUCAUUUCAAGCAAUCAGUUUAUAUAGAAAAUCGAGAAAGAGAGUGAGAGAAAAAAUGUUAAAUACUUAACGAUUUCCAUUUUUUCAUUCACAUAAAUAGUUGAAUAUGUAGCAUCACCACCACCACAAAUCACAUCAUACCCCAAAUGCACAAUUUUGCACCCCCUCUUUUGAAAACGUUUGAUUCAACAUUUUUUGCUCAAUAAAUUCAUUCAGUAAAUAAGUUCCAAA